AUGGAAGUGAGAUUCCAGAAUUCGUCAGUGGAAGCAGAAUGUGAAGUCGUUCAUGGAAGGCCCCUCCCUACUCUUUGGAACACCAUCUGCAGUAUUUAUGAUGAACAGGCUUUGACAAAUGUUAGCAGAUGCAAGUCCCAAUCAUACAAGAUAAAAAUUCUCAAAGAUGUCAGCGGCAUCAUCAAGCCCUCUAGGAUGACUCUAUUGUUUGGCCCUCCAGGCUGUGGAAAGACCACUUUGUUGCAGGCACUUGCAGGGAAGCUUAACCCAUCUCUCAAGGUCACAGGAGAAAUAUCUUACAAUGGUUACAAGUUCACAGAGUUUGUCCCUCAGAAAACAUCUGCUUACAUAAGUCAAUAUGACCUACACAUUGCUGAAAUGACUGUAAGAGAAAUACUUGACUUCACAGCUCGUUGCCAGGGCAUUGGAAGCAGAGCAGAUAUGUUAAAAGAAGUCAGUCGAAGGGAGAAGCAAUCUGGCAUUGUCCCAGAACCAGAUAUAGACACAUACAUGAAGGUAAUCAAUUCACAAGAAAUAGUUAUCCGGAUUAUAGUCAUAAUAGCUAUCAUGACAAUUUUUAUUUGCACUCGAAUGAAACUUGACAUAGUCCAUGCAAGCUAUUACCUGGGUUCCCUGUUUUAUGCUGUCAUAAGACUUAUGUGCAAUGAAAUUGCAGAGUUGGCAAUAACUGUUUCCAGACUUUCCGUUUUCUAUAAGCAAAGAGAUUUCUACUUCUACCCAGCAUGGGCUUAUUCCAUUCCAGCUGCUAUUCUAAAGAUUCCAUUUUCAUUGCUAGAUGCUUUUCUGUGGACAGCUGUUAUGUACAAUGUGAUUGGUUACAGUCCUGAACCAGAAAGGUUCUUCCGUCAACUCCUCCUCCUUUUCCUUGUGCAUCAAGUGGCAGUAUCACUAUUCCAUUUAAUUGCUUCAGUUGUUAGGGAUCCAUCUUUUGCAGCAAAUUUUGGUCUUUUUACAUUAUUGGUGACAUUUUUAUUCGGUGGCUUCAUAAUUCCAAGACCUUUACUACCAGCUUGGGUAGAAUGGGGAUUUUGGCUUUCACCACUUGCAUAUUCUGAAAUAGGUAUUGCAGUAAAUGAAUUUCUGGCUCCAAGGUGGCAAAAGGUUUCAACUUCAAAUGCCACCUUAGGACAGCAAGUUCUAAGUAAACGCGGAUUAAACUUCAGAGACUACUAUUAUUGGAUAUCAAUAGGAGCAUUAAUGGGAUUCUGGAUGAUUUUUAACAUUGGAUUCACCUUCGCAUUGAGCCUUUUAAAGUCUCCAGGGAGUUCUCGGGCUAUUAUUUCUCAUGAAAGAUUUUCCUAUCUAAAGGGAAAAGAGGAUUUGACUGACAGAGUUCAGGAAAAAGAAUUGCCUAGUGUUGACUCUCUAAAAGCUGUGCCAGAAACAAAAACUAUGGGGAUGGUUUUACCUUUUGAGCCCAUAACGAUAUCAUUUGAGAACGUGCAAUACUUUGUUGAUACUCCUAAGAAACUGAGAGAAAAAGGGUUUCCACAAAAAAGACUGCAGCUUCUUCAAGAUAUAAAUGGUGCAUUUAGGUCUGGAAUUCUUACAGCUUUGAUGGGUGUUAGUGGAGCUGGGAAAACAACACUAAUGGAUGUACUUUCAGGGAGAAAAACUGGAGGUCAUAUUGAAGGGGAGAUGAGAAUUGGAGGGUACCCCAAAGCCCAGGAGACAUAUGCUAUAAUAUAAGCUUAUUGUGAGCAAACUGACAUCCAUUCUCCACUGAUUACAGUAGAGGAAUCAGUGAGGUACUCAGCUUGGUUACGUCUACCAGCUGAGAUUGAUGAGCAUAAAAGAUCGGAAUUUGUAGCAGAGGUUCUUCAAAUGAUUGAACUGGAUGAUAUCAAGGAUGCUUUAGUUGGCAUCCCUCUUGUAAGUGGAAUAUCACCACAGCAGCGUAAACGGCUAACUAUAGCAGUAGAACUUGUUUCUAAUCCAUCCAUAAUAUUUAUGGAUGAGCCCACCUCUGGUUUAGAUGCCAGAGCAGCUGCAAUUGUCAUGCGGGUUAUGAAGAAUAUUGUUAACACAAACAGGACAAUUGUAUGCACCAUUCAUCAGCCAAGUAUUGACAUAUUUGAAGCAUUUGACAAGCUCAUUUUAAUGAAAAGAGGAGGACAAAUGAUAUAUUCUGGGGAACUGGGUCAGCAUUCGAGUAGGCUUAUUCAAUACUUUGAGGGUAUACCUAGAGUACCAAAAAUUAAAGAAAACCAUAACCCAGCAACGUGGAUGUUAGAAGCCACUACUCCUGUAGAGGCGCAACUUGGAAUAGACUUUGCCCAUUUCUACAAAGAAUCUCAUCUCUAUAGGAGAAACAAAGAAAUAGUCAAAGGCCUAAGCCUUCCAGCACAGGGUUCAGAGCAACUACAUUUUUCUACACCCUUUCCACAAAAUGGAUGGGAGCAAGUCAAAGCAUAUCUUUGGAAAGAACACUUGUCCUAUUGGAGAAGUCCCAAAUACAAUUUAGUACGCUUGGCAUUUACUAUUUUAUCUUCUUGGUUAUAUGGAGCAUUACUUUGGCAGAAAGGACAACUGGUAAGCUGCGACAGAACUGAUGAACAGGAUUUUUUCAACAUAAUGGGAUCAAUGUACGUUUUCAUGAUAUUCACUGGAAUAAGCAAUUGUUCAUCUGUUCUUCCAUUCAUAGCUACUCAACGGACAAUCUUCUACCGUGAAAGAUUCGCCAGGAUGUACUCCUCAUGGGCAUAUUCAUUGGCACAGGUGAUUAUCGAGAUUCCAUAUAUCUUUCUUGAAGCAGUAUUAUUCCUGACAAUCACCUAUCCAGCUGUAAACUUCUAUGGAUCAGCUUACAAAGUAUUUUGGUACUUCAACACCAUGUUUUGUACACUGCUUUACUACAAAUAUUUAGGCAUGAUGCUAGUUUCAUUGACGCCAACGUAUCAAGGGGCUACAAUAUUUGCAAGCCUCUGUUACACGUUGCUGAGCUUGUUCUCAGGGUACCUCAUACCAGGACCGAAAUUUCCUAAAUGGUGGGUUUGGGGCUACUGGAUUUGCCCAACUUCGUGGUCCCUGAAAGGUCUCCUGACUUCACAAUAUGGAGAUAUAAAGGAUGAAAUCAUAGCAUUCGGAGAGGAAAAAGCACUCAACGCCUUCUUGGACAGCCAGUAUGGGUAUAAACACCAAGAUUUACCCAUCAUAGCAAUAGCAUUACUUGCUUUUCCACUUGUAUUUGCAUCUGUUUUUACAUAUGGUAUAGCGAAACUAAACUUUCAAAGCAGAUAAAAACCUGCUUCUGUUUGAAUUUCUAACCUCUCAGGCAAGUUUCUGUAAAAUGUAAAUUUAUUUUGCCAAUUGAUUGUGUAUAUAUCCCUACAAUCAGGUCCUGUAACCAUAUCAAACAAUUCUAUCGUCUAUAUAUAGAUACCAACUGUUAGUCUAACAAAGACAGUUUCUGCCAUUGAGCACUUGUCAGUCAGUGUCAGAGUCAUCCUAUUCUGCUUUAGGUAGAGUUUAUCCACUGGUUUUCACUUAAAAUUUGUCCUAAGAACCAGAAAGCCACCUAGAAAACCGAACAUUAUGCCACUGAAACAUGUUUAAUCAAUCGUCGGGGCAUUGCCAAUUUGGCAUCAAGCGAACUGUUAAAAGGCCCGAAUUAUUUUUUUGUAAUGUAAGGGAAAAAGUAUAAAGAAAAGGAGUGGAAAAGUGCUCACAGGAGAAGAGCCUUUGUCUUCACGUGAAUUAUUGCUUGGGCAAUCAGUGGGUCAUACUUCACAAAGUAGCUCUGCUGCAUUUGUCGAGGAAGAUGAGAGUUUUCUCCAGACAUGUUAGAACUUCGAGCGGACAUUCGGGGGGACUCUAGCCGUCGGUUUCUUCUUAAUGUACUUUGGUUAUUUUGUACACAAUUACCAAGCCACUCACAAGAGAAAAAUGCCGACCGUUGGUAAAACUAAGCACCCCAACCUGUCUAAAAACGAAAAAGGAUCCAUUGCAUUUACUGUAAGUAACCAGUAAGUGUUGAAAUCCUUCUUGGUUUUUACCUGAGGAAAACACAAUAAAACGACAUUGUUGGUUGGUUAAGGAACACUUUAGGACAAACAAUUAUCAUGGGAACUUGAUAUCCUUGAAAAGAUCAAAAAAUCAGUCAUAAUAAGGAGAAAUAAUAAGAAAAAGAGGGGGGCCGCCGGCGUUGGGGUGGGGGUAUAUUAAUCAUCCUCCAGCAGGAGUUCCUUGUG